CAUAAAUUAAAAAAUGGUUAACAUAUGUCUUAUAUGUGAUUUCUUUUAUCCAAGACUUGGUGGAGUGGAGAUGCACAUUUUUUAAUUGGGAUUGUGUUUAAUGGAAAGAGGUCAUAAAGUGAUAAUAAUAACACAUAAAUAUGAUAAUAGGGCUGGUGUUAGAUAUAUGACAAAUGGAUUAAAAGUAUAUUACUGUCCAUUUGUUCCAGCACAUGAAUAGGUUGUACUAUUUACAUACAUGGGAAGUUUAGCAUUAUUAAGAUAAAUAUUACUAAGAGAAGAAAUCCAUGUUGUACAUUCUCAUGCAGCAACAUCAUUUUUUGGUGGUGAAUUAUUAUUACAUGCAAAGUCUUUAGGAUUUAAAACAGUAUUUACAGAUCAUUCAUUAUUUGCAUUUAAUGAUGCAGCAUCAUUUCAUGUUAAUAAAAUAUUGAAAUUUAUAUUAUGUGAGGUUGAUCAUGCUAUUUCUGUAUCUCAUAUUAGCAAAGAGAAUUUAAGUAUGAGAGCAUCAUUAGAUCCUAGAAACAUAAGUGUGAUACCUAAUGCAGUUGAUUGUAGUAGAUUCAAACCAGACCCAUCUAAGAGAUAUCCACUAAAUACAGUGAAUAUAGUUGUAAUAAGUAGAUUGACAUUUCGAAAAGGAGUGGAUUUGUUAGUAGAUGUUGUACCAACAAUUUGUAAGAAGUUUCCAUAAGUAUAUUUCAUUAUUGGAGGAGAUGGACCAAAAAAAAAGAUAAUAGAAGAAAGUAUAAAAAAACAUGGUUUAACUGAUAGAGUUGAAAUGGUAUAAUAAUAUAUAUUUAUAUAUUUAGUUAGGAUCAGUACCUGGACAUAAAGUUAGAGAAGUCCUAGUUAGAGGUCAUAUAUUUUUGAAUACUUCCUUAACUGAAGCAUUUUGCAUAGCUAUAGUUGAAGCUGCUUCUUGUGGUUUAUUUGUAGUUUCAACUAAUGUUGGAGGAGUAGUUGAGGUAUUACCUAAAAAUAUGGUUAAUUUUGCUAAACCUGAUCCUGAUGAUAUUUGUGAAAAAUUAGCUGUAGCUAUUCCUAUUGCAAAGAAUGUUCCUUCCCAUUAAUACCACGAAUAAGUAGCCAAAAUGUAUAGUUGGCAUAUGGUUGCUGAGAGAACUGAAACUGUUUAUAAUAAAAUCUUAUCGUCACCAUAUCCAUCAAUUUUAUCUAGAAUUAAAGCUUGCUAAAGUAAUGGACCUAUUUUUGGAUUAUAUUUAUUAAUCCUACUUAUCAUAGACUAUGUUGCCAUUUUCAUUCUUGAUUUGAUAUUCCCAUUCAAAAAUAUUCAAGCCUAAUCAAUUAAAACGAGAGUAUAGAGUUAAUAAAAAGAAAUAUGGUGA